UGUGUGUGUGUGUGUGUUUGUGUGUGCACGUAACUGGGGGUCAUGCCAACAUGGGAGGGACCGGACCGUCAAGUGGCCAGCUCUCGAGCCCCGCUCGCCCGCCCACCGCGCGCCACUCCACACCGGGAGCAGCAGCGCGUGAGGAUGAUGCCAGCCAGAGAUAGAUAGAUGGAGUGAUGAGGGAGGGGAGAGAGAAUAAAAAAAACCUGCACAGUGACACAACUCGAGUAAAGAGGAGGCGGUGGAUGAGUGAGAGUACAAACUGAGAGAGUUGCGGAACAAAAGGACAAAUAAAGAGCAAGAGGGGGAACAGGAAAUAACCGGAAACUCGCCGCUGCUGCUGCUGCUGCUGCUGGCCGCACGCACCGAUGUCCGAGGCCCGACCGGUGCCAGCUGAACACAGUCGACCGAGGCAGAGCGCGCAGAGACGGCCACUGGAGCGGGAAGCUUCGGGGCACCGCUGGAGCUCCUCACUGAGACUGACACUGACACUGAGAGACUGAGACUCUAUGCGAGGACGUUGCAGCUCAUUGUUAUUACAAGUGGAAGUGGCUGUGUCCUGUGAUAGGCCGGCGACCUGUUUUGCUGUCCAGUGAUGGAUUCCCCCACAGAUCUUUUCGAUGACUCUGCUCCUCAGAUACACGCAUUUGCUCCAACCCACAGCUCCACAGAUCUCCCUGGGGUUCACCCUCAGCCCAGCGGAGGUCGCCCUCCUCCCGCCUUUAGACCCCCAGGUUUCCCCCUCAUCCACCACCUCCUACAGCCGGGUGGAGCCCCCAGGAGGAUUGGAGGGCAACUCAACACAAACCUGAGCGCACACAGACACCUGGAAGACAGACAUUUGGAGGAAGACAGAGGAGAGAGGGGCGGACAGGUGGAGCAAGAGAUGGAUGGAGGAGAAGAAGGAGUGAUGGAGGGAGAGGACAGCUUGUUGGGGGUCAAGAAGAGGCACAGCGACGCCGCCCUCGCGGCCGAGUGGAGUCAAGACGUCUUGAAAGUGAAGAGGAUGAAGCUGGAGAGCCGACCAAGAGAUGGAGAGGCAGAGGAGGGAGGCAGGAGGCGCGAGGGAGGGAGGGAGGGGAAAAGAAGGGAGAGGGAGGAGCUGAAAGAACAGCUGGAGGAGGCGAGAGAGAGACUCCAGGCCCUGCAGGAGAAAGUAUGGAGGGCUUUUGGGGAAAAGCACAUGGCAGAGGAGGAGAAGAACAGGAGGUGCAGAAACAGAGGAGGAGGAGAUGCUGGGAUGAUGGAGGAGGAGGACAUCACAGAAGGGAUGUAUGAUGAAGAGGACAUUGAUGGUGGAGAGAUGGAAAAGGAGACUUUCUCCCUUCUUUCUGUUUCCCCUUUUGACAACUUCCACAAACAGAGAGAGGAGAGGCAAAAAGACAGAGAAGGGAGGAUGGAGAGAGGAAGAGGAGGAGGGUUGCACUUGGAGGGCGUGAUGGAGGGAGCGGGGUUGUGGUUGGAUUGCGGAGGGCUGGUGAGAGGAGACUGGCAUGGAGGGAUAGAAGAUGAGGGAGAGGAGGGAGGGCAGAAGUUCGCCCAGGCGCUGAAGGUGGAGCUGGGCAGCGCCGUGGCUCGAGUCAUCGACCGAGUUCUCCGCCUCUACACUGAGAUGACAGACGUCGCUCCUUCCUCUCCUCCCGCCGCCAUCUCUUUCCUCCCGUCUGACGUAGGAAAUGACGGCGGGAGGGAGAGGGGAGUGUGGAUGGGACUGUUGACGAGAGGAAGAGGGGAGGAGAAAGUGAGAGGUAAGGAGGAAAAGACGGGAAGGCAGGAUGGAGAAAGUGAGAAGCAGCUCCAGAAAAGGAGCAACGGGAGCACCCUGCCUCCAGGACAGCCUCAUCACAACGAACCAACAGAUCUGGCGAUGCCAUUGAUUGUUCAAAGGUCACCUGAUAUACGGAAAGCCCACCCGCUCCUCGGCCCACCUCUCUCUGCCCACCUAAACCCCUCUCACCCGAGCCUCUCCCUCCAUCACCCUUCUCUACCUCGCCCUCCUCCUCUUUCUCACCCUCCCCUCCUGCCUCCAUCUUCACAACCCAAGGACCUCUCCUUCCACCCAUCCUCCUCCUCCUCUUCUUCAUCUUCAUCUUCCUUCCCCGCGCCUCCCCCUCCUCCUCCUCCACCUCCUCCACCCCUCCCUCUCCCCCUUCUCCACUACUCCAUGCAGCAGCUCUUCUCUCGCUCCCUUCACCACCCUCAGCUCCCCCACCUCCCCCCGUCCCGCAAGGACUAUUUGAACUCUGACCCGUUCUUGGACUUCUCGUCUCACCCCUCGUCUCACCCCUCUUUCCCGCCGCUCCCCUUGCUCGGCCACCUGGACCCCUCCCUGGCGCGUCACGCUCACGGAGGCAGGGAGAGAGGGAUGAGGGGAGACGGGGGGAUGAGAGGAGGAGGGAUGGACGGAGCAGAAAUGUACCUGACUGCUGGGGGAGUAUACACCCAGGAGGGCUUGUCUCCCUGCCAUCUGAAGAAAGCCAAGCUCAUGUUCUUCCACGCUCGCUAUCCCAGCUCCAACACGCUCAAGACUUACUUCCCCGAUGUCAAGUUUAACCGCUGUGUGACCUCCCAGAUGAUUAAAUGGUUCAGUAACUUCAGAGAGUUCUUCUACAUCCAGAUGGAGCGCUUUGCACGACAGGCUGUCCGCGAGGCUCUCACCCGGGAUGGUGCAUCUCGUCUGGGCAGAGAGACUCAGCUGCGAGUUGGCCGUGAUACGGAGCUUUACCGCAUACUGAACAUGCACUACAAUAAAAGCAACGUCUAUCAGGUCCCAGAGAGGUUUAUCGAGAUAUCAGAAGUGGCUCUGAGGGAGUUUUACUCGGCCAUUUGGACUGGGAGAGACAGCGACCCCUGCUGGAAGAAAGGCAUAUAUAAAAUCAUCUGUAAGCUUGACAGUCCUGUACCAGAUGCCUUCAGACUGCCUGGUUGUCCUGUUGGCUGAUGCUCAAACCACUUUCCCCUGGUACAUGAAAUGCAUGCAUAAAACGCAAACUCACCGAGAAAAAAAAGGGAAUUUUAUUGAAGCAUUCACACACUGUGAGAACUGGUAUGAGGUAAUCCAUUCAAGUCUGCUAUUCAGUUCAUUCAUAAUUCAUUCAUUUUCGAAAAAAAAAGAUAAUUGUUGAAGAUAAUAGUGUGCAGGGACAGACACAUACAUGCUUAAACGGGGUGAAUAGUAGACUGACACCCUCCGUGCUGUGAUAAGAGUCUUGUGACUGCACUUAUCGAGGAACGUGACCAUACCGUUGAAUUAAAACAGGACUGAACAGGAAUUCCCUUUCCAAACAUUCUCCAUCGGUCAGCUGACUUGUGAAAUCACAGUGCUGCUACACAGGUUUGAUAAAACUCUUGUGAAAAGUAAGAGUUGCUGAAGCCACAGAGUUGGAAUAGACUGACUGACUGGUUUUAAUAACAAUGCCAUGGACAUAUGCGAUGGCUACUGUUUGUGAGCAUCAUGGCUACACAUCAUUCAUUCACUUGAAAAUAGAAUAUGCAUUCCCUGGCAGUCCCUUGCUAAUUCACAAAAAAAUGCCAUCCUAUGCAUACACUCAGUAAUCAAAUGUACUGCUGACAACUGUUUACCAAGCAUGGGCACUGCACAAAUACAGGAUUCAGAUACUCUCAGACAAAGAGCCCACAACCUGAGCUCAUACCACGUUCCUCAGACUAGGUGCCCCCAUUUUCCUCGUCGUCACUUUCACUGUGAGCAGAGAGCAGUGUUCCAUACUCCUGAUAAAGAAAGAAAAAGCAGUAAUAUUUCUGUGUAGUCAUUAGCAAUUUUGCACAAACAGCACCCAACUAUCACAUUUCAAUGCUGCUCUCCCUCAGGGGUGUUCACAGUUUUACAUUAGAGACUUGACAAAACAUCAAAUAUGAUUGUUUGCUAGAAAUUAAUUGCUGCCUUGUGUGUGGGCUUCUCUGGAGUGUCAGAGGUACAUGUUUAUGUGUUCAGUGUGCCCCACAGCUUUUACAUUUUAGAUGCAUUUUCCACGGCUGUGAGGAUACUUUCCUUUUCUUUUUUUUUGCCUUAACAACACAAGGCUGUUACAUUCAUCCGGAGUUUUUUUUAUGUCCACACCGAUUAGACUGUUGUCAGGCUAUUAAAUAGGUGUUCCUGGUCGCUAUAAGCACCAUAGAUGUGGGUCAAUAGGGCCCACUACACCCACUAGUAGGUUUUAUCAUCUAUUCACAUGGUAGAUCACAGAAAAUAGGUAUAAAAGAACACGACAGUGACCUCUAGCGACCCUAGUAAUUAUGACAAGAGCAGAAGCACAAGUCAGGCGCUGUAGUAUAGACAGCAUAAUACUCCAUAUGGGGUGGAGGUCGGUAGUGAUAGAUGGGACACAAAACAAGGUUAUACAAAGGAGACCGGGGUUUGCAUACGUUUGAAGCCAACAAACAUGUAGUUGUGUUCACAAGCAUUUCACUUUCACUUUUGAAACAUAGUUAUUUUUAACCAAAAUGGGAUCUUUUUUCCUAAACUUAAGUUUUUGUUGCCUAAACUUAAAGAAGCCUUUUAGUUUGUGUACAAA